UACAAGCAAAAUAAUGUUGCCUUACCAAUACUCAAAGAAAAUGAAAGCGAUGAUGUGUUUAUAGUAGAUAAUGAUUUGGAUGAUGAAGCAGAAGAAGUUAAUGAAGAAAAUGAAGUUAUUAGUAUUGAUAAUUGGAAUAAAAUAAUACAACAGUGGGUUAAUAUGAUCUCUGAAGAAGAAGAGGAUGAAAUUGAUCUUACCGUAGGUGAAGAUAAUGUAGAUCGAAUUAUUUGUGAUACAGAUCAUCCGGCUAUCAACAAUGAUGCAAAGUAG